GUCAGCCAGUCCCACUGGAGCAGAGUUACAUCAACAGCAGUGUCGUGUCUUCGCCUUUAUUCUUUCAGCUCAAAUGUGGACUUUGGACUCGGCUGUAGUCUGUCAGAAAAGUUCAUUUACCUCGGACAAAAUGUCAGCGACAGACUGGCUGUCAGAAACGGUGACAUUUUGACACCAUGGAGGCGCAUUCGAGUGAAUUUAGCCGCUUGUGCACGUUUGAGAGCUUUAAGGAAAUCUGGCCGUAUUUCAGCUUCGGUUCUGAGCAGCAGGAGCUCAUCCGCCGUCAAUUUUCCAGGCUUAAAGAUAUUACCUACCUUGAUCAUGCGGGGACAACACUCUUUGCUGAAUCCCAGGUCAAGAUGUUUUAUGAGGAUAUAUCCAGGAAUGUAUACGGUAACCCUCACAGUCUCAAUCCCAGCAGUAAGAUGACACAUGACACAGUGGAGAGGGUCAGAUACAGGAUACUGGAGCACUUUAACACAAGCCCUGAGGAAUACUCCGUCAUUUUCACUCCUGGCUGCACAGCAGCUCUUAAAUUAGUUGCUGACUCUUUUCCUUGGAUGUCUGCUUCUGAUGAACAUUUAGGAAGUCAAUUCUGCUACCUCACUGACAAUCACACAUCAGUAGUGGGCAUUCGAGGGGUAACUGGACCUCAAGGAGUGGGAACAGUGCCUGUCUUUCCUCAGGAAAUAGAAGCAAGAGCCAAAACUAGCCAAGUCACAGUGAAUACACAGGAUGAAUGCUUGGUGGCACAUCUUUUCUGUUUUCCUGCCCAGAGCAAUUUUUCUGGGCGGAAAUAUCCACUGAGCUAUGUGAGAGGGAUUCAAUGUCAGCAGCUCUACCCAGCAUGUGAGCACAAAGGUCGAUGGUUUGUUCUGCUGGAUGCUUCUGGUUUUGUUGGCUGCUCACCACUGGACCUGAAGCAACACCCAGCUGACUUUGUGCCCAUCUCUUUCUAUAAAAUGUUUGGAUUCCCCACUGGACUUGGAGCCUUGCUGGUGAGGAAUGAAGUAGCUGAGCUGUUGAAAAAGAAGUAUUUUGGUGGAGGGACAGCAGCAGCUUAUCUAGUGGGAGAGGACUACUUUGUACCAAAGUCUGACAUAGUUAGCCGAUUUGAAGAUGGAACCAUUUCAUUCCUUGAUAUUAUUUCCCUCCACCAUGGGUUUGAUGCUCUGCACAGACUGACUGGAAGCAUGAUGAACAUACAGCUUCACACAUUUGGCCUAGCUCGUUACACCUACAUCAUACUGUCUUGCCUAUGCCAUAGCAAUGCACAACCUGUGGCUCAGAUCUAUUGUGACAGUGAGUUUGAGAAUGCAACAGAUCAGGGUGCAAUCCUCAACUUCAACUUGCUGGACUGUUAUGGCCAAGUGAUCGGAUAUUACCAGGUGGACAAAAUGGCCUGUCUGUUCAAUAUUCAUUUGCGCACAGGCUGUUUCUGUAAUACAGGGGCCUGUCAGGCAUAUCUGGGCAUCAGCAACCAAGUGGUAAAGAGUAACUUACAGAUCCUUAAAAUUUCGAGGUGCACGCUGGUGGACUCUCCUCUUCGGUUCACCCCACAGGAUUUCUUUGGGUUUCAUGUCGGGGGACUGGGAUGGCAGGACCUUGAUGUUGUGGCUGGUCAUGUCUGUGGAGAUAACAUUGACCUGAUCGAUGGACAUCCAACUGGGUCUGUCCGCAUAUCCUUCGGAUAUAUGUCAACUUUUGAAGACUGUCAGUGUUUAUUAAAGUUUAUUGUUGACUGCUUUGUGGAAAAACCGCUAAGACUGGACCAAAAGAGACUGGCAAGGUUAAAGUCAGCAGGAACGGCAGAGACCUCAGAUUCAAAUGAGCUGACCUCAUUGCUAACAGAGAGACCUAUGCCUGAGAUGAAUGGCUUAAAUAUCUCUCCUGCUUUUGUCAGCAAGACCUCGUCACAGGAUACUAUUCCAAUGGAAGAUAGGAACAGUGAAGAGGCUUAUACAUUGACCAAUAUCUUCAUAUAUCCCAUUAAGUCAUGUGCUGCAUUUGAGGUGACAGAAUGGCCUUUAGGCACUCAGGGGCUCUUGUAUGACCGCAUGUGGAUGGUGGUGAAUGAGAAUGGAGUAUGUCUGAGUCAGAAGCGAGAACCCAAACUGUGUCUCGUCCAUCCACGCAUCUGCCUAACCUCCAAGACAUUGUGCCUGGAAGCCUCAGGUAUGGAUCCUAUUACUCUUCCCCUGGAGAUCAGUAAAGAAAGGCAUGGCCAAAGGACAUGUCAAAGCAAAGUCUGUGGUGACAGGGUACAGACUGUUGACUGUGGGGAGGAAGUGUCAGUUUGGUUGUCUGAGUUCCUGGGAAAACCUUGCUGUCUCAUUAGACAGAGUCCCAGUUUUGCCCCGGAUAUGAAAAUGGGCAAAGGAAAAGGUUCUUGCCCUCCUGCCCUCUCUCUGGUGAAUGAGGCUCAGUUUUUGCUAAUUAAUAGAGCUAGUGUGGCGUUUCUGCUCAGUCGCAUCAUCAAUAGGCAGGACAGCUCAAAUAAUUGCACCUCUUUCGACAUGCUGCAACUCAUCAGUCGUUUUCGGGCGAACCUCGUUAUCUCAGGCUCAGAGCCUUUUGAAGAAGAGGACUGGACAGGUGUAAAAAUAGAAGGCACACACUUUCAGAUGGCGGGCAAGUGUAGUCGUUGCCAGAUGAUUGGAAUAGAUCAGACCUCUGGCACUAAAUUCCAGGAACCUCUCAGAUCUCUGUCUAAUUGGCGGAGUGGAAAGGUCACAUUUGGAGUAUAUUUGAAUUACGUUUUACAGAGAUCCAAUCCAUAUCCUACUUUAUCUGUGGGGUCCCAGGUAAAGGUUAAUCCGACAGGUGAAUUUUAGAAAACCACAACAACUGCAAUAUGGAGUAUGUGUAUAAAUCCUAGUCUUAAUCUGUGUUUGUAAAACUGUAUAAAUCUUAUGCCAAAUUUACAUUGCUGACAAUAAAACCAUGUACAGUGGAUUUAAGCUGAUUCUGUGUCACAACAUUAACCAUUGUCUUCAGUGAUUAUAAACACAACAAGCUCUGGUUUCAGUUUUGUUUUUUUUCUCCUAAUAAAUUAUACUGAAAAAGUGUGUAAAAGCUGCUCUAAA